AUGCCAGUCAGAUUUCUGCAUCUUUCUCCCGUUUCUCUCCCGGCGGUUCUUUUACUUUGGAUUGCCUGUCUUGGUGAGGCAAAAUUUGUCGAGUUGACAUUCCAUGUGACUGAGCACUCCGAGGCUAGCAAGCUGAUUGGUAACCUCCUCGAAUGUAUUGCAUUGCCCAGGGAAGAGGUGCGCUCAAUUAGUGUGGAAUCACCACCACCAGAGGAGUGGAUUACCUAUGUACAUAUCAAUACCACCACUGGGGACAUUUACACCAGUGCAGAGAGUCCAACCACCCUUGAUCGUGAGAUGAUCUGUCCCCUUCAGGGUGUAGACGAAGUAAUUCAAGAAUGCCAAAUCUCUCUUCUCAUCUCAAUCAACCAAAAGUAUCUUGUCUCACUCCAUCUUAUAAUUGAUGACAUUAAUGACUCACCACCUUUAUUCUUCCACCGUGGUCAAAUCAUCAAAGAGUUGGCUUUAAGUUUACCUGAAACCGCAGCAGUUGGAGAGACUGCUAUAGAUCUGCCCACUGCUGUAGAUCCGGAUUUAAAAUCCUCCCUCUCACCUGUCACUUACCACCUGAUUGGUGAGAAUCUUCCGUUUUACCUAACAUCUCGAGGUGGAGUCCCCAAACUCUGCCUCUCGGCGCCGCUGGACUUUGAAAGUGUUCCACUCCAUACAUUUUUUCUACAAGCUUGUGAAGAUCAUCGUGCGGAACACCUCUGUUCUUCCAUCCGUGUCAUUAUUCACGUUGAAAAUGUCAACGAUCAUGCGCCCACUUUCCUAAAUUCCACCUAUAAUGCAGUGAUUAAUGAGGAUACACCAGUUGGAACGACAAUCCUCACUGUGGAGGCUUUUGAUGAUGAUUCGCCACCUUUUGGAAAUGUUUCCUACGCCCUGCUAAGUAGUAAAAAAUCAUCAAUUGAACCAUUCCCCUUUGCAGUGGAUGAAAGGAGUGGUCGAGUCUUUCUUCAAUCCCCUCAACUUGAACCUAAGAAAUACUCCUUCAUGGUUGAGGCUAUGGAAGGUGUCAACUCCACCUCACCUGUCAGCAAACAUGCCACUGCAUUAGUUGUCAUCUUUGUAGCUGAUGUGAACAAUCAGCGACCCAUUAUCGAACUGAAGCCGUUCAGUAAUGCCUCCACCCUCACCUAUGCUACUGUUGGAGGGGAAUUUGUUGUGGAUCAUCAAGAAGAGGUGAUGGAUACCACUGUCUUGGCUUACCUCACAGUCACCGAUAAGGAUGAGGGAAGUAAUGCCUUGUGCACCUGUCGCCUAGAGGAUUCACCCUUGACAAGAGCUUUUGAAUUGACCAAAGUUAAUCAACUGUCACCACAAAUGAACGUUUAUCGGUUGAUUGCCAUCAGGCCGUUGGAUGCAGAAGACUCAGUGGUGUUGAGACAUCUUAUUCAACCAGUUGAAGCAGAUCGGUGUAAGGGAGUGGCGGGUUUUUUGGCCUUGAAGAUCACUUGUGCAGAUUCAGGAAGCAAGCCACUAGAGACUCAGGCAACAAUCUACAUUGCACUACGAGAUGUUGACGAGUAUCCCACAAAAUUUGUCACCCCUGACUCUGAGGAAGUGUAUCGAAUAUCUGUGAAAGAGGAUGCAAAAGUAGGCACAAAAUUGAUGGACUUGGUAGUCAGUGAUGUGGAUACUGGAAGGUGUAUUCAGGUGUCAACAAGUCUUGAAAAUGAUCAAAUAUUUGUAGAACCUGGCAGUGGGACUCUGGUGUUGGCAUCCCCUUUAGACUAUGAGACAACUACCUCGAUUUCUUUCACGGUCACAGCUGGCGAACAAAGAAAUCAUUCAAAAGGUCAACCAACUGCCACUGCAACAGUCAUUUUGGAGAUUUUAAACGUCAAUGACAAUCAACCACGUCUAACUUCCUUGAAGACGAUCGAGAAUAAGAUGUGUCAGAAGAUUGUUGCUUCCAUCAUUGAAUCGAUCAAUCAGACCGUCGACUGUUUCACUGUAGAAGUGGAAGAGGAGGUGGAAAUUGGAUUUCGUGUCCAUCGUCUUGUAGCCAUUGACGCUGAUACUCCCAACACUACUAGUGGAUUUAUUUUCUCUCUCAUUGGAGCCUAUGCCCCCAUCAAAUCACAAAAAGUGGAGAAAUUAAAAGUCUCACCUCUCGAGGUGACCAAAAAAGGUGAUCUGUUGGUGACUGGAAGGUUGGAUAGGGAGCAAUUCAAUUGGGUGGAUUUACUCAUCUCCGUCUCCGAUGGGGAGGAGAGUUCAGUGUCCUUACUUCGUGUCAAUUUGGUAGAUAUUAAUGAUAAUCAUCCAGUUUGGCAAUUUCCCUCGCCUACUGACUAUCACAUCUCGGUUAGUAUCUUUGCUCAAGUUGAUGCAAUCAUCUCUCGAGUUCAAGCUCUUGAUGCCGAUUUUGGUGCGUUAAAUGGAGGAGUGGAGUACAAAAUACUGCCUCAACCCAAAAAUACUGCUGCUUCAGGUCUUCUACGCGAUCACCUCACGCAUUCUGUCUAUGGGAGCCACCUCUUCUUCAUCAAUCCACAGACUGGAAAACUGAGUGUUAAACAGGCUUUGCCAAAUCAAACCACAGUGCCCUAUCGACUGGAUCUGGUUGCUGCAGACAAGGGAAAGCCGACACUAGAGUCGACAGCUCACCUUCUCAUUUCCCUGGUAGAUAGACCUUUCAAUGACAUACAAAUGAUUCAAUCAAAUCCGGUGGGAGGAUCCAAUAACCUCCAAAAUGAUGGAGUGGACACAGUUCAAGCUCCUUCGUUAAAUGUGGUGAUGGAACAGUCCGAAGCGCAAAGCACCUCCUCUAGUAUGGAAAAUAAGAUCUACAUUAUUGGUAUAUCUGCCGGGGUGUUGACCUUCCUCUUCUUCAUUGCCAUAAUCUCCUUUGUCUUGUGCAAGCGGCUACAAGGUGGUAGCCGUUCCUUCUGUCAAAAAUCCCCCAAUUCUUUGGAGCUGCAGUCUAAUCAGCGACGUAGUUGGAGUUCUACCAUCGCCUCACCAGUUCAUGAGGUGCUACUAGAGCGACGAGAUCCAGAGAUUGUAUCAACGCAUCCAAUCACUCAACCACCAUCACCGCCACCGGUUCCACCUCCUCCAUCUACUCCUCCCUUGCCGGUGGUUGGAAUUCCCACCUGCUCAAUCGCAUUCAGCGGUGCUGCAUCAUCUCCAGUGGAAAUGAGUAGUGUCAAGAAUGUGCCUGUCAUUGUCAGUGUCGCUGUUCUUCCUCCUGCCUCUUCCACCCCCACCGAAUAUGUGGUAAUCUCUGAGGGUGUGACUGUCACGCCGUCAAAAUACAACUGGAAUGUCGUAAAUGAUAGUGAUUUUAUCAUCACCGAGAGGUAG